CAAAAAAAAAAAAAACUAAUUUUAAAGAGAUUUUAGAGUUAUGCCUACUUCCCCUUCAUAUAGAUAGAUAGAUGGAUAUAUUGAUUUUUGAGAAGAAAAGACAAUUUCUUAUAAGUGUGGAAACUGGAAAAGAGUUCGACAGUUCCAGCAAAAGACCAGAUCCGAAGUAGCCGUAGCCAUGAUCUCGCAGUUCUUCGUGCUAUCUCAGCGCGGCGAUAACAUCGUCUUUCGCGACUAUCGAGGUGAAGUACAGAAAGAAACCGCGGAGAUAUUCUUCCGGAAAGUGAAGUUUUGGAAAGAAGAUGGCCAAGAGGAAGCUCCCCCUGUCUUUAAUGUGGAUGGUGUCAACUACUUUCAUGUAAAGGUUGUGGGAUUAUUGUUCGUUGCAACAACAAGAAUCAAUUUGUCCCCUUCUUUUGUCUUCGAGCUUUUACAAAGAAUUGCCCGUGUCAUCAAAGAUUACCUUGGAGUUCUCAAUGAAGAUUCUCUAAGGAGAAAUUUUGUACUCGUGUAUGAGUUGCUUGAUGAAGUCAUUGAUUUUGGCUAUGUUCAAACAACAUCAACCGAAGUGUUGAAGUCCUAUGUAUUCAAUGAGCCAAUUGUUGUUGAUUCUGCACAUUUGUCACCUCUUGGUCCUGCUUCCCUAUUCAUGCAAGGGACCAAAAGAAUGCCAGGGACUGCUGUCACAAAAUCUGUUGUUGCAAAUGAUCCUAGUGGUAGAAAGAGGGAGGAAAUUUUUGUUGAUAUAAUUGAGAAGAUCAGCAUGACUUUUAGUUCUAGUGGAUACAUACUGACCUCUGAAAUUGAUGGCACAAUUCAAAUGAAAAGUUAUCUUACUGGAAACCCAGAAAUUCGGUUAGCACUUAAUGAUGACCUGAGCAUAGGAAGAGGUGGGAGAUCAGUCUAUGACUAUAGAAGCUCCGUCGGCUCAGGAGUAGUGAUUCUUGAUGACUGUAAUUUUCAUGAAUCCGUACGUCUUGAUAGUUUUGAGGCAGAAAAAACUUUGUCCCUGGUUCCUCCGGAUGGUGAGUUUCCUGUCAUGAAUUAUCGUAUGACCCAGGAAUUCAAGCCUCCUUUCCGUAUUAAUGCUUUGAUUGAAGAAGCGGGAGCCCUUAAGGCUGAGGUGAUUCUGAAAGUACAUGCAGAGUUUCCCUCUAGCAUUACGGCAAACACUAUUUCUAUACAGAUGCCACUGCCUAAGUAUACUAUGAGAGCAAGUUUUGAGUUGGAAACUGGAGCUGUUGGACAAACUACAGAUUUCAAGGAAGCUAAUAAGAAGCUUGAAUGGAAUUUAAAGAAGAUUGUAGGUGGAUCGGAACAUACACUGCGAGCAAGGCUAACAUUUUCACAAGAAUCGCAUGGUAAUAUAACAAAAGAAUCCGGUCCUGUUAGCAUGACAUUUACCAUACCAAUGUAUAAUGCUUCAAAGCUUCAGGUGAAGUACUUGCAGAUAGCAAAGAAGUCGGGGACAUACAAUCCAUACAGAUGGGUGAGAUAUGUUACUCUGUCCAAUUCCUACGUUGCUCGUCUGUAAAAUGGUAAAGCAUCGGCUGCACCAAUCUCCGGGCCUUUUUCUGGUGAUUUUUUCUACAUCAGCUUUUAGAAACUGCCUUUGUGUUUUUUAUUUUUAUCUAUUGCGAUCCUGUAAACUGCUGUUGUCUAGAACCAUUUUGAUUGGUUUAACGUUGCAGACUCUUGAAUUGUUAAGUUUUCAUUUUCCUUUUUUUUAUUCAUGGAACGAAAGUUCAAGUUCAGUUAUUAUUUGUUUCAACUUUUUUGGGUAUGAUAUAUGAAGAUACAAUACUCCUUCAGAAAAUAAAAAGUAAUAAUAAUGAAUCUUUCAAGCCAAA